AUGCCCACCACCACUGCCGAAACUCUAUCUCUCGUCACCAGAAACGUUUCCGUUGCCCCUCUUGUGCUACUUUCAGCGGUAGAUCACUACAAUCGAACGGUUCAGAAUAAAACAAAGAGAAGAGUAGUUGGUGUGCUCCUAGGCCAAAAUGACGGCAAAAAUGCAAGAGUGUCAAACAGCUUUGCCGUGCCUUUCGAAGAAGACGACACAGACCCUUCAGUCUGGUUUCUGGACCAUAACUACGUCGAGUCCAUGAACGACAUGUUUAAGAAGGUCAAUGCCAGAGAGAAGUUGAUUGGGUGGUAUCACUCUGGCCCGAAGCUACGGGCCUCAGAUCUCGAGAUCAACGAGCUGUUCAAAAGGUAUACUCCUAAUCCGUUGCUCGUCAUCAUAGAUGUCCAGCCGAAAGAAUCAGGAGUGCCAACCGACGCCUACUUUGCUGUUGAGGAAAUCAAAGAUGAUGGCACGACGACUUCCAGAACAUUUGUCCAUACGCCUUCUAUAAUCGAAGCUGAAGAGGCAGAGGAAAUUGGUGUCGAACAUUUACUACGAGAUAUCCGAGACGUCGCCGUUGGCACUCUAUCUACACGCGUUACAAACCAGCUUCAGUCGCUUCAGGGCCUUCAUUUGCGGUUGAGAGACAUUGGCGCAUAUCUUCAGAAGGUGCUAGAUGGUCAACUGCCAGUCAAUCAUGCAAUUCUUGGCAACCUGCAAGAUGUCUUCAAUCUUCUGCCAAACUUGUCCUCUCCCGAGGUGGAUGGGAAAUCUCGCGGCGGGGAACUAGCGUAUGCUAUGAGCACUAAAACCAACGAUCAACUCAUGGCUAUUUACCUGAGCAGCUUGAUACGUGCCAUCACCGCAUUCCAUGAUCUUAUAGAAAAUAAGAUACAGAACAGACAGCAACAGGAUGAGAAGGAGGCUAAGAAAGAAGAAAAUGCUAUCAAAGAUGAUAAAAAGGAAAACAGUGUCAGCGGGCAUAACGGCGAACCCAAGGGGGGUAGUGACAAACAGAAGGACGGCAAGGACAAAAGGAAAUAG